AUGGGGAGGCAUUCGUGCUGCUACAAGCAGAAGCUGAGGAAGGGGCUCUGGUCCCCUGAGGAGGAUGAGAAGCUCAUGAACCACAUAACCAAGCAUGGCCAUGGCUGCUGGAGCUCUGUCCCUAAACUUGCAGGGCUCCAAAGGUGUGGCAAGAGCUGCAGGCUGAGGUGGAUAAACUACCUGAGGCCAGACCUUAAGAGAGGUGCCUUCGCUCAGGACGAGGAAGACCUCAUCGUUGAACUCCAUGCUGUGCUUGGGAACAGGUGGUCUCAAAUUGCAGCACAGAUGCCUGGGAGGACUGACAAUGAGAUUAAGAACCUCUGGAACUCGUCCCUCAAGAAGAAGCUGCGGCAGAAGGGCAUUGACCCCAACACCCACAAGCCCCUCACCGAGGCUGAUCGCAGUGGAGCAGCUCCCACCAUCAGCACCGAGAGGACCUCUGGUUCCAGUGACGUCAACCCGUCAAGCGCUGGUGCUCAAGGGAACUUCGGUCACCUCCUCAGCGAGACAGCCCAAUCGUCAAUGCUGCUGCCGGUGUAUGACAAGAAGCACCCUGAAACUCCAAGCUUGGCACGACCUAAGGUGCCAGCAAAGGAGUUGUUCCUGGACCAGCUUACUGCUGGUCACGAGAGCCCAUCAAGCUGCCGUUCAUCAGGUCCAACGCUGUAUUUUCCUUUCCAGCAGCAAUUAGGCUACAGCAAUGAGUGUGGCAGUGGAGAUGGUGCAAAUAUGAACAUGAACUCACUCUGGUUUAACCAGAAUGAUUUCAACUGCAGCACAAUCUCCACUGUGAUGCCAACAGUUUCACCAUCAGCCCUCUCGACACCGAUGGGACUGAACCUCCCACCAGACAAUCACCGCCAUGGGGGCACUGGCAUAGGCAGUGCCCCUUUCUACUGGGGUGGUGUUAAUCCUAGCAGCAGCGGUAGUACCGGGAGCAGCGGAAGCAACAGCAUGGGGUUCGAGCCACAGAGCACGAACUCAAUUCUGGAGAACAGUGUAUUCCCAUGGACAGAUAUCGGAGUUGGGCAAGAAAAAGAUACCAGAGUUCAGUUAGUGGAGGAACUCAAGUGGCCUGACUUGCUUCAUGGAACCUUUGCAGAGGCAACCACAGCGAUGCAGAACCAGAGCCAAUCACUAUACGAUGAUGUGAUCAAAGCAGAGAGCCAGUUCAACAUGGAAGGGAUAUGUGCUUCUUGGUUCCAGAAUCAGCAGCCACAGCAACAGCUGCAAGCAGCAUCAGACAUGUAUGAUAAAGACUUGCAAAGAAUGCCCUUGUCUUUUGAGCAUAUCUAG